CACAACACAUCGCCAUUUACCGGGAGCAGCCGCUUAGGAACUGGGUCAAGAGUCACAUUGACAAAUAUUCCAACCGAUCUUCACUAAACCGACCGAUCUCACCGCAUCGACCGGGAGCCAAUGAUUGUGUUUAAUUCGGUCGCACGGAGGAAGUAUACUAGUGCAGGUCCGGGCUGAUGCGACACUGACCUACUCACCGAAUCAACACAACGAUACAGAAUGAAGAGAGGACAGAAGCGAGGUGAUGAUGUGGAGGAGGGGGGCGGAUCUUCUCCAGGGCCGGGCCCCGGGGCUCCUGACGUCUUUAAGCGGCUCCGGCGGGGAGACCCUGAAGAGGAAGUGCUGGUGGACUGGGGUCUGAUGCCGCAGGAGAUCCUGCUGCAGAUCUUCCAGUACCUGCCGCUGCUGGACCGGGCCUUCGCCUCACAGGUGUGCCACAGCUGGAAUGAGGCCUUCCACAUGCCCGAACUCUGGAGAUGCUUUGAAUUUGAGCUCAAUCAACCAGCCAGCUCAUACCUGAAGGCCACUCCCCCCGACCUCAUCAAACAGAUCAUCAAACGCCACUCCAAUCACCUGCAGUACGUCAGCUUCAAGGUGGACAGCAGCACUGAAUCAGCUGAAGCAGCGUGUGAUAUUCUCUCACAACUGGUCAACUGUUCUCUGAAAACACUCGGCCUCAUCUCCACCGCUCGACCCAGCUUCAUGGAGCUGCCCAAAUCUCACUUCAUCUCAGCGUUGACGGUGGUGUUUGUGAACUCUAAAUCUCUGUCGUCAUUGAAGAUUGAUGACACACCUGUCGACGAUCCGUCACUCAAAGUUCUGGUGGCCAAUAACAGUGACACACUGAAGCUGCUGAAGAUGAGCAGCUGUCCACACGUGUCUCCUGCAGGUAUCAUGUGUGUAGCGGACCAGUGUCACGGUUUGCGCGAGUUGGCGCUGAACUACCACCUGUUGAGUGACGAGCUGCUGCUGGCACUGUCAUCUGAACGGCACGUUCACCUUGAGCACCUGCGCAUUGACGUUGUGAGCGAGAACCCUGGCCAACAUUUCCACACCAUCAAGAAGAGCAGCUGGGACGCCAUGGUGCGCCACUCGCCCAAAUUCAACCUGGUCAUGUACUAUUACCUGUACGAGGACGAGUUCGGGCCCUUCUUCCGCGACGAGGUGCCCGUGACGCACCUGUACUUCGGCCGCUCUGUCAGUAAGGACGUUUUGGGGCGGGUGGGGCUCACGUGCCCGCGGUUGGUGGAGCUGGUGGUGUGCGCCAACGGCCUCCGCCCCCUGGACGAGGAGCUGAUCCGGAUCGCAGAGCGCUGCAAACAGCUGUCGGCCAUUGGCCUGGGCGAGUGCGAGGUGACAUGCAGCGCCUUCGUGGAGUUUGUGAAGAUGUGCGGCAAUCGACUGUCGCAGCUGUCAAUCAUGGAGGAGGUUCUGGUGCCGGACAAUAAAUACGGUCUGGAUGACAUCCACUGGGAAGUGUCGAAGCACCUGGGCCGCGUCUGGUUCCCUGAUAUGAUGCCCACCUGGUAGAGUACAGCUCCAGGUCCGGAUUCAAAAUAGUGACCCACAAUGCCCCCCUCUGCCUCAAGCACACAUGACCUUUGCCCCCUGCAAGAGUGCAAAUGGAGUGAAUAUUCCAUUUGUGUAAUUGUUUUGUACGUUGCAACUGAAUAUCAAAUAAGAAUUGGCGAACGGUUUACAGUUUGUAGUUCUGUGUUUUCAAACUCUACACAGAAGUCACUCGACCGGCCCGUGUUUGGAUAGAUACUUUAAUUUGGAUUAAUUAAUUAAUACACUUAACCAUCACUUAACGAGUCUAAAGCUGGUAUUAGUAACAGCAUGAUUGGUUCUGCUUUUGCCCAGAUGACUAACAUCAUCAUAAACAGCACUGUAUUUCUGUACAUACGUGUCAUUUAUACUCUUCACUCUCAGCAGCUUUUACAGUAUGUUUGAUUUCCGGUAUUGUUUUAUUAUUUAGUAUGCAGUAAGUGUGUUUUUAAGGGGUCUUUCAGUGUGUGAUGUCAUAAUUCAAACACCUGUCGUUUGUGACGUUAAUGUCAGUCUGAUUGAGGUGAGAUUCAUUCAGUAAAUAGAUUUUGAAUUUAUGAACUGAUAUCAGUUUGCUAUAUUUAAAGCACUUUUACCAAAUGAAGUUUCACCUUGUUUAUCAUUUGAGGGAGUUCAAUGUAAUCGUUUUGAUUUGUUUAUUUGCUGUUGUUGUUUAUUUUAGAUGCCACUGAAUGUCAGUUGAUUUAAUUGCUGCUUGUGAUGGUCGAGGAGUUCAGUUGAUCAUGCUGAUAGUUCAUUUCUUGACUAGCAUUAGCUGGACCAGUCUGAAAAAUAGCGUGUUUUUUAGCGUGAUCUAAGCUAAAGCAGCAAAAUUUAUGAUCCCAUUGUUGUCAGAUUUUACUGCUAAUUUGAAAUAUGUUCUUUGAUCGUAAUCUUAAACAACCGUUUUGAAGAUUUUGCUCUUUCCCCAUUUAAGUAGAUAGGAGCUGCACUUUUAUUUGAAAAUAAUGCACAGGAGCGUUCCAAAGAUGACCACUGAGUGGACUGACUUGCCUUGAAAUGGACUAAGAGAAUAACAACUUGCGGCGCACACUACUGAUUCUGAAUGAUAUUAAAAUGAUGAGUAAAUUGCACAUCUGUGUUGAUUUAGCACCGCUGAAUUAUCAUCUUGGACGGCCCAUUUUAAACUCGGACGCUCUCAUGAGAAUAAAUAAACAGAAUUUCAGGCAUUUACUCUAUGCACAUGAUUUAAAUCAGUUUUGUUGAGGGUUUAUCAGAAUGAUGUCAGUCAAAAUUUGUUAACCCUUUAAGCUUGGACAAUAAAAUAAUAAUUGUCACAAAUAU